CGUAGAAUACUCUUCAAACUCGAGGCGCGCGAUUGAAAAAAAUUGGAAAUUCUACUUUUCAUUUCAAUUGAAUAAUUAUGUCAGGACCGUUUUCAUUUGGAGGAGCCUCAACGGGGACCUUUGGUACAGGAACAACCGGUUUUGGUAGUGGUGGUGGGUUUGGCUUUGGCAAUCAACCUAAGACCACAUCAACAACAGGCUUUGGUCUGGGUUUUGGUUCAACUGCAGCCAGUACUGCUCCAUCAUUUGGUUUUGGAUCAACCACAACAACUGCCUCCAGUGCACCAUCAUUUGGUUUCUCGUCCACAACAGCCUCAGCACCUCCCUCUUUUGGGUUUGGCACAACAACAACAAGUGCACCAAGUUUUGGGUUCGGAUCUACAACCUCUAGUGCUGCCCCCAGCUUUGGUUUUGGGGGUACAUCAACUGCAACCACAGGAUUUGGAGGUUUAGGAGGGUUCCAGGCUAACACUGCUACUACAGGAUUCGGGCUUGGUACUCAGGCACAACAACAACAACAACAAGUUGUUGCAGAUCCAGCUGCUGAUGAGCUUGCCAAGCUGAGCAAGGCUGUUUCCCAGCCCCAGGUGUUUGGGGAUGAAAGAGAUGCUGUGCUUGCUAAAUGGAACCAGCUACAAGCUCAUUGGGGAAAGGGCAAAGGUUACUACUACCAACAACAGUUUGUGGAGUUUAAACCUGAUAAUGUUUUCUGUAAAUUUAAGGCAGUAGGAUAUAACUGUAUGCCGUCUGGUAAGAAUGAAGAUGGUCUUGUAUCUAUGAUCAUAAAACAUCCUAUAGAUAUGGUUAGACCUCAACAACAACAAGCCCUUGAUACUAUACAUAAAAUAAUGGGUAGUAGACCACAACAUACAGUCUGUGCUGAAGCUAUUAAUGAACUCCCUGAUGGAAAAACUGACUUGGUUGUCUAUGUAAUGGAUCGUCCAAAUGUGGGUCCAGCUAAACGAUGUCCGGCUAUUGAUCUGUUCAACUAUCUAUCAGCACCACAAUUUAAGACACAACUGACUUCUCAACUUAAUGUGGAGAAUCUUACACCUAAAGUUCUCAUGAAAGAUCAGCUUAAAGCUUACCUUGAUCAACCACCAUCAGGAAUAGAUCCGUUGUUAUGGCAACAGGCAAUUCUUGACAACCCAGACCCAGAGAAGAUGAUUCCUGUCCCUAUGAUAGGCUUUAAAGAGUUGAAUCAGAGACUGAAACGACAAGACAAACAAAACAAGUUACAUCAACAAAAACUAGAUUUGAUAGCCCAGGAUUUGACAGAGUUUCAGAAUAAACAGAGUAACAUGUUGGCAAAGCUUGAUGAAUACAAGAGAAAAUACCUGGAGCUUAGUCAUGGGACAUUACGGGAAAUUCUUUAUUGUUUAAAAAAAGAAAUCCACAAAAACAAAGGAUUUGCUAAAAACGGUAAUGAGGAAAAAUUUAGAGUUCCCAGUUAGGGGCCCAUACAGGCAGAACUUAACCAUCCUACACAGUUUAAGGGACGGUUGAAUGAGUUGAUGUCACAGAUUAGGAUGCAGAAUCAUUUAUCAUCAUCAAGAUCAGAUGUUAACUACCAGAUAGAUCCAAAUAUGUUACAGGAACUCAAAACUUUAUUGAAUCAGCAACAAGAAGGACUGACACAUUUAAUAGACAUUGUAAAAGAGGAUAUGCAGGAUUUAAAUGUGAUAGAAACGGGACUUACAGACAAUACUAGUGCUAAAAGAUAGGUUAAACUAUAUCACUGUGAAGAGUGUAGAAUACUGCAGAGAUAAUGUGAGAUUUUCUUGUGCAUCAUCUGGUGGUAAAAUGAAUAAGGAACCAUUACUAAGCUAUUUUAUUUCAGAAGUCUUUCUGUCUAAAAUGUUUGAGGUUGUUAUAUUAAGUGUAAAAAUAUCGGCCUGAGAAAAAUGUAAAAUAGGUCAGUUUAGUGGAAAACAUUGGCCUGUUUAGUGUAAAAAUGAACCUGUUUAAUGUAUUAAACACAUACAUGUAGGCCUGUUUUUGUGUAUAUGGGAAUGUUUAUUAUAUAACAUUUGCCUUUUAAUUGUAAAAUAUGGGCAUGUUUAUUGUAUAACAUUGGUCUCUUGUAAAAAAAAACCAUCAUAGCAUGGAAUGAACAGUGCUUAAUAGUCUCAACAAGUUUCAGUGUAAGAGACUUGUGAAAAAGUAAGAUUGGCUACAAAGUGUAAAAGAUCAAUAAUAAUUUUUUAGUGUUAAAAUUUUUUUUUUAGUCCAAUAGGAUCACAGUGUAUGACACAUUUACAUUACAGUCUCAUAAUUGACUAAUUUUAUUUUGUAAAUGCUUACUAAUGAACACUAACUUAUAUUUAAUAUUAUUUUAAGUAAGUUAAUGUAAAAGAAUUGUUAUAGAACAAAAUCAGAUAAAAAGAUAAGUAGAAUAUUUUCAAUAAACUGCUCUUUCAACAAACUGAAGCCGUUGAAUGGCAGACUUAAAUAACCUUUGUGCUGAAACCUCCAAGGAUAAACAGUUCAUUGAUUUAUCACUAGCAAGUUGCUUAGAUCUUACAUUGGUGCUUCUAUAAGAUAAUGAAUUUUGUAAAGAGUAAAUGUAUAUGCUUUAUAGUGAUAUGUUGCAACUUGAUGAACAAUAUUGAUUU